GAAACCCACAACAUAGGUUGUGGGCCCUUAAAACUCUACACUACCGCCACAAGUCACAGCCACAUUGUUCUUUUCUGCUCUUUUGAAAAACCCUAAUCGGAACCAGAUCUCUACGUUGGCCAUGGCGCCUAGAAAAUCACCGCGCGAGCGCCAAAUGCUGGUACUCGAGUCGGUCAUCGCCCUCGUGUUCGUGCUGGUAGCCUGCGUCGAGCUCUGCGACGGCGCCACCGUCGUCGAUGUCUACCGUCUCAUUCAGUACGACAUAUCCGGCGCCCCCUUCGGAUCUCGCCUCGCCGGACUCAAUCACCACGCCACCUCCCUCCACUUCUCUCCGCACGCCGAUCUCUCUCGCACAGUACUUCUCAUUCCUCUUCGCGAGUUCAACAUCUCCUUCGUCAAAGAAUAUAUUGCAGAAAACAAGCCUCUGGGGGGUUUGUUAUUCUUGCUGCCACAGAUAUUCAAUUUUGAAAAUAAAGGUGAAGUGGGAAGUAACCAUUUAGAUGGAACUGAAGAGUUGCUGAAGAAUGUGUUGGCUGAACUUGAACAGAUACUUAUACGUACCAACUUACCUUAUCCUGUUUAUUUUGCUUUUGAGGAUGACAACAUUAAUGCUGUAUUAGCUGAUAUCAAGAAGAGUGAUAUCACUGGUCAGCCAGCUACUGCAACUACUGGCGGAUACAAAUUUGUUGUUUCAGCUCUAGAACCAAAGAGUCUUGUCUCUCCAUCCAUUACCAACAUUCAGGGGUGGUUGACAGGACUGAAGGCAGGUGAUGAUGCACAUCAAUUACCCACCAUCGCAGUAGUGGCAUCAUAUGACACCUUUGGAGCUGCUCCUGCAUUAUCAGUGGGAAGUGAUAGUAAUGGAAGUGGUGUUGUGGCUCUUCUUGAAGUAGCUAGGUUGUUUUCACUUUUGUAUUCUAAUCCAAAGACCAGAGGCCAAUACAAUCUGUUGUUUGGGCUAACAUCUGGUGGGCCUUACAACUACAAUGGAACCCGUAAGUGGCUUCGGAGCUUUGAUCAACGAUUGCGUGAAAGCAUUGACUAUGCUAUUUGCAUAGAUAGUAUUGGCUCCUGGGAGAAUGAAUUGUGGAUUCAUGUGUCUAAGCCUCCAGAAAAUGCCUACAUUAAGCAAAUCAUGGAAGAUUUUUCAAGUGUUGCAGAAGAGUUAGGCUUUAAUGUGAAUUUGAAGCAUAAGAAAAUAAAUAUCUCAAAUCCUCGAGUAGCUUGGGAGCAUGAACAGUUUUCAAGGUUGAGAGUUACUGCUGCCACUCUUUCUGAACUUUCGGCUGCACCUGAACUGCUGGAAAAGACUGGUGGUUUGAUUGACAGCAGGCAUUUUGUAGAUGAAAAGGCAAUUAUCAGAGGUGUGAAAUUAGUUGCUGAGAGUCUUGCGCGGCAUAUUUACGGACAUCAAGGAAAGAACAUCCAAAUCUUUGCAGACAAUAGUAACUUGGCUGUAAAUCCUUAUUAUAUCCGAUCAUGGUUAGAUGUUUUGUCCCAAACACCUCGAGUGGCACCAUUUUUCUCGAAAGAUGAUCCUUUUGUCAUGGCUCUGAAAAAGGAAUUAGAAGAUCAUACAGAUGAGGUCAAUCUGCAACGCGAAGCUCUAGAUGGGAUGUUCACAUUUUAUGAUUCUACUAGCGCAAAGCUGAACAUAUAUCAGGUUGCCAGUGUCACAUUUGACUUGUUAUUGCUUCUAGUACUGGGGUCGUAUUUAAUUGUGCUGUUCAGUUUCUUGGUCAUCACAACUAGGGGUCUUGAUGAUCUGAUCAGUUUAUUUCGGCGGCCUCCCUCACGAAAAGUGAAGACUGCAUAAUUACCGGCAGGUUUUUCUUGGAGGGUUUUUUUGCACAGUUCUCAUGCUUCAAUCUCAAUAGUUUCUAAUCUAAGAAAUUACACAGGAUGAGGUUUCCAUGAGAAGUUCUAUACAGGAACCCGUCAUUUGUUGAAGUUGGUUGGAUUAGUUGUUAAAACAGAAUGUUAUCUUUGGCCGUGCUAAAAUAUGGAGACCGAAAUUUUGAUACUUUGCACGUCAUUCUGCAGUGGAAAUACUAAAUGCUUGCGGUGUGAAUUAGGUGAAAGUUACGGUGAUGCUAUUUUUUUUCCUCAUGUGAUGAAGUGAGUUGGCAUACAACGGAUGGCUGCACGUUAUGCUUUUUUUUCUUGGAACUCUUAUAUUCCUAUAAAGGGUGGGUCAGGAUUGGAUUUA